UCUUCUGUUGAGAAGGUCUUUAAGCUUCCUGGCGGACAAGACCUUAAUAUUGGUGCUGAGAGGUUCCGUUGUCCUGAAGUCCUAUUCCAUCCAUCAUUGGUCGGAAAUGGACCGAUAGGAAUCCAUGAAAAAGCUUAUAAUUCAAUCAUGAAAAGUGAUGUUGGUAUUAAGAAGGAUUUAUUUGCAAACAUUGUGCUUAGUGGUGGCUCAACUUUGUUUCCUGGCAUAGUAGAACGCAUGAACAAGGAAAUCACCGCUGUUGCUCCAAGCAACACAACGAUCGAGUUAGUUGAUCCACCUGAGAGGAAGUACAUCACCUGGAUAGGAGUAUCAAUUCGGUCCCCUCCUUGUUCUAGUUUUAUGCAAAUGUUGAUAACGAAGGGUGAGUAUGAUGAAUUUGGUCCCUCAAUUUUCCACAGGCUGUGUCUCUAA